GAAAUUACAGACGUACAAUCAAUAACCUUUCCACCUUCUGAUAAGAUUAAGCCACGAACCCACAAAUUUCGACCAUUCUAGUAAACUCCAUUUCUAGAACAACACUAGUGAUACUAAUAAGAUACCGACGUCAUUUUUCGCCAAGAAGUUUAUCGAUAAAAAGUUCUCCGAAAAAUGGGAGACAAAGCAAAUGAUGAGUACUUCUUGGAGUAUAAUGAAGAUGACGAAGUUCAAUACGACGAUGUCGAAAAUAAUGAUAGUGACGAUGGUAGCGAUGACGAUGCAAGUCGCAACUCUACGCGUUCUUCAUCGCAUUUCUCCUCUCGUCAAUGGCCGCAGAGUUACAAGCAGACGAUUGAUUCAUAUUCAAUCACAGCAACACCAAAUUUCGGACUCCUUAGAUCUCCUUCUACCACUAUAUAUUCAUCAUUAUAUGAUAUUGGUAUUGAAAGUAACUUUGAUGCUGAAGCAAAAGCUCGGUUGCUAUCCGAAUGUGAAAAACUUUAUAGCAAAGAGGAUCUUGAAAAGAUCACAAGGAAGAUAUCAACAUGGUCAGGAAAGGGUUCUUUACACGAGCAACUUGGAGAACUUCCCAUUAGCCAUGGAUGCAGUGUUACUCAGACUGUAUUCAAUGCGGUGAAUGUUAUGGUUGGUGUUGGGCUUCUUUCUACACCAUAUACAAUUGCACAAGCUGGUUGGGCAGGAUUGGGAAUGCUAGUUGUGUUUGGUGUUAUAUGUUGCUACACUGCUUCACUUAUGAGGCAUUGCUUUGAGAGUAAAGAAGGGAUUCUUAGUUAUCCGGAUAUUGGAGAAGCUGCAUUUGGAAAAUAUGGGCGCCUCAUCAUAUCUAUCGUCUUGUAUACCGAGCUUUAUUCAUAUUGUGUGGAAUUCAUUAUAUUAGAAGGAGACAAUCUCAAUAGUUUGUUCCCUGGAGUGUCCUUAAAUUUGGGUGGUUUUACUCUCGACUCCAUGCACUUGUUUGCAAUUGUCACUGCUGUCAUUCUUAUACCUACUGUCUUAUUGAAGAAUGUCCGAGUAAUUUCAUAUCUAUCAGCUACUGGGGUAUUGGCUACAGUUGUGGUUAUAUUUUGUGUGUUUUACCUUGGGACAGUGAAUGUUGGGUUUCAUGAAAGUGGGCCCGCAGUUAAGUGGAAUGGUGUUCCGUUUGCUUUGGGCAUUUAUGUCUUUUGCUAUUCUGGACAUUCUGUGUUCCCAAAUAUAUACCAGUCAAUGUCUGAUAAGACCAAGUUUAGCAAGGCCAUGGUAAUAGGUUUUUCAUUGAGUGGGGUUAUGUAUGGGGCUGUUGCAAUAAUGGGGUUUCUCAUGUUUGGUGAAAGUACCUUGUCUCAAAUAACAUUGAACAUGCCAGAUAAUGUGAUUGUUUCAAAACUUGCUUUGUGGAUAGUGGUCAUCAACCCAUUCACUAAAUAUGCUUUGCUUAUGAAUCCAUUGGCUAGUGCCAUAGAAGAGCUGUUACCUGCAAGAGUCUCAAGUAGCACUUGGUGUUAUGUUCUUCUCAGAACAGCACUAGUCCUCUCUACUGUCUGUGUUGCAGUUCUCAUUCCUUUCUUUGGUGCUGUGAUGGCAUUGAUGGGAUCACUCCUAUGUGUAAUGGUGGCAAUAGUAAUGCCAGCUUUGCUGUUUCUGAAAAUUCAAGGAAAUAAGGCAACAACUACACAGAUUGCUUUGAGUAUUUCCAUUAUUGUGGUGGGUAUCAUGAGUGCUCUCGUGGGGACUUAUUCGUCAUUAUCCAGUAUUGUUACGGAAUAUUGAGACAUUUUUUGGGCCCACAAAGAUGUGAUUCGUCAUUGUUUUAAGGCAAGAUAGUUGUAGGAGGUUUUAAUGGUAGCUACCGAGAGGUUAUAUUAUAUGAUUGUAAUAUUGAAAACAGCUCAAUUAUAUCACUUUUUUUUUUUUUUUGUUUCCAUGUAACAAAUGCAAUUUACUUGGUAUAUGUUACUUAUGUUUCUAUAUAAAAUUUGGUCAUUAUGAGUGGAUAACACUUUGUACAUUUAGGUGAUAAAUAUGAAUUUCUUAAAGUUUGAAAAAAUAUUCAAGUUGGCAGAA